AUGACCACGUACAUUCCCUCUUUGACGCUGCCUAUUGCCGCGUUUCAGCACACGGCCACGUCCGUCCUGCUACCCAUUGCUUUUGGCACCGCCGUCGGUUACAGCACCAAGCGCAAUGUCAUGGGCUACGCCGCGCAUAGGGUCGCGUCCGCCGGCCUCUCGGCGCUCGCCUCACCCGCGACCGUCGCGACCACCAAGCACUCGCUGACCGUGUACACGAUUCAGCUCGGGCUCAACCUGGCGUGGAUGCCGCUCUUCUUCGGCGCGCGCCGCCCCGUCGAGGCCACCGCCGAUCUCGUCGCCCUGCUCGGCCUCAACGGCUGGCUCGCCUACACGUGGAGCGCCAUUGACGAGACGGCCGCGUGGCUGCAGCUGCCGUACCUGGGAUGGCUCGCGUUUGCGACCUAUCUGUCGGCCGGCGCGGGCUACCUCAACGACUGGGACAUGUCGGACAAGGCGCUCGAGGCUAGAAAAAAGGCCGAGUAA